AUUGUGAAGGAGAGAGGUGGCUGCGGACUCUUAUUGUGAAAUGUAGUUGUUUAGACGCGGAUGAUGGCGACGUUUUUUGGAGAAGUUCUGUCGGUUUUUUCUCGAGCCGUUCAGGAAGAAGAUGAAGAAAUCUACAGAGAGCUGGAGGACGAACGGGAGGUUCAUCUGCACUGGAUCCCUGACGUCGCUGAGUCUCUGAGGUGUGGAACCAAGCUGCCAUGUUCACAGUUCAUCCUUGCUGUGGGCCACAAUGCUACCGGGUUUUUGUCCAUGUACGUGCUCACGCCAGCACGUUGGACCAAAGUAGGACAUGCAACAGUUUGGAAUGAGAGGAGUCGCGCCUGUGCCGGACCAGCUGACCUCGACUGCAGAUGUGUGUUCUACAGACACAAGGACAAGCCUUUGGUUUGGAUUUGCCAAGUGAGUUGCUUCAUUGCAGAAGACCAGCUGUUCCAGUGGACAGAAAAGGUGCUGGGCUGUUUCCAGCAGAGGGAGCUAAAUGUGAUGGUGCUGUCAGACUGCUCUGUUAUUGACUACAAGACUGCAGACCACCUGGACAGUAACUCCGCCCCCUUCUUGCGUGCUGUCUGCACCAGUACUUUUGGCGGUCGCCCUUUGUGCUGGUCACUGGAGCAGCCCAACAUCGUGACUGGACUUCCAGCUGCGGUUCUCAGCCACUGCCAGGUCCACCACAUCCCGUCAGUGCUUUACCAGUGUUACAGUGACAUCAGCAGCACCGACUCCGUCACCAUGCAGACCUACAAACCCACUCUCAGCUCUCUGGGCGACUCCAUACAGGUGGAGGCAUCCCCCUGCCUAGAUGUCCUGCAGCCUCUUCUCCAUGGUGCUGAUGUCCACAGUAAUCUGUACAUGUGAACAGCUGUGUGUCUGAACCUGAAGCAGUAAACUUCACCUUCCUUUACAUGCCAGGAGUGUUUGGUUUUCAUUUUCUAAUGACUCUGUUUCACUGACAGAAAACACAUUGACUCAUCCCUAAUCUUGUUCUUUAACCCUGAUUAAAGGAUCAAAGACACGA